AUGAGUGGAAAUAAGUUCCGAGAUGAUAGCAUCGACGAUCAAGUGACCCCUAUCACCUCUACGAUUUUCUCACAAUCGUCACAAUCGUCCUCUAAAGUGGCAAACCGCAGAAAAAGAUGCGAACAACGGAUACAGUGGCUUGUCAAGAACGAUAAAUCACAGAAGUACAACGGCGAGAUGAUAGAGGAGGCCUCGAUAAGACCGACUAUACACCACUCCAUUACGUCUACUGACUUGACCAGAACGGCCUUUAGAAGAGUUAGUAAACCUUACGAUAAUAACAAAAACUCCGUAGCAGAUACUGAAAGCGUAGAAGCCCGUAGUGCGAAUGAUCAUAAAUGCUGCGAACGGUAUGGUCUUGUAGCAACGCCUGGAUGUACCGGUACGUUCAGGAUGUCCAUCGUUGGCAAUGCCGUCUUAGGACCAGAAGCAAAAUAUUUAAUAGAGUUCACGGUGUGGAAGACAAUGACAAAUCCCGGACAGAGAAAGCUAUGGUUUACGGUUAGACAUGCGAUGUCACCCAAAGUCGCCGUCGGCAUACGAGCUCUGGAAGUCUGGGCGGACCGGAAAGACGACUAUCCGGCUAAAGUGGUGUUUUUGCAGAAGUGA